AUGGAUAAGAAAGAAACAAAUGCUAUUAGUUUUAGGGCUUGGGUGGACAAGGAGAAGAACAAAAUUGUUUUUGUUGAAUCAGAUAAGGACUUUAUUGAUGUUCUCUUCAGUUUCUUGACAAUGCCAAUGGGUACAAUCAUCAGGCUCAUCCGUAAGCAGCCACCAAGCUUGGGGUUAGGUUGCCUUAAAAAUUUGUAUGAAAGUGUUGAGAAUCUUGGUGUGCAGCAAUUUCAAACUGCAGUAUGCAAGAACAUGUUGCUGUAUCCCAGAAAUGGAUCUGCAGCUCAAUGUGAGAAACUGAAAUUGAAGAUUGAUGAUGGUCAAACCCUGAAGUACUUUCUUUGUUGUAACAAAUUAUGCACCCUUUCUGGCUACAAGUUAUUGAGUCCCUACAGCGAUGCCAUUUGCGAUUGCCGAGAGCACAUAAAUCGCGAGGUUCAUCUGUUGGAGACUAAAGUAGCUGAGCUAUUGCCAUCAUGUACCCUAUACGAUUAUAAUGUGGUGUUUGUCAGAGAGCAAACGAGAUUUAUAAUAAGUGAUGAAUUGCAAGUAUUGCCCUCAUGUACUGAAUCUCGCCUUUCUUUACUUUCCAAGCUAAUUGGCUCGGACUGGAGCACCAUUGAGGAACGUAAUUUCGACAUAGGUGUAGAUGAGCUUGUUCAUCCUCACGAUGAUCACUUUGCUGGAAAUAAUUCACCUAAAAUCCUGUUUAUUCUUUUAGAAGUUUUGACUUUGCUCAAGUUCUCUCUAGUAUCAGAGACACCUUUGACAGAAACUUUGUUGAAGAAUAGUCUAGUAAAUGAAUUGGACAAAGAAGAUUUUCAUCAGGGCGACUAUGUCAAAUCUAGAAUGGAAGAACCAGCAUCAAAGGUGAAUAAGAAAAUUCAUGUCAACUUUAUAACUAGCAAAUCCUGGAAGAUGGUUUGCUAUGCAGAAGCAGGGGAAGAUUUCGUUGAUUUGUUAUUCAGUUUCCUCACUGUUCCACUUGGGCAUAUGAUUGCUGAGAAAUACCUAAAAUCAAAUGAGCACAAGGCAAUGCUAGUCAAUCCAAAACUUGCCCCUGGGUUUAGCUAUGAGAACAAUCCACUUGGCAUUGAGGAAGAUAUACCCCCGCCAUAUUACUACGCGCAGAAGAAAAAUGAAUUUGGAGAUUGGCAGAUAUUUGUCUUAUGA